GGGGAGAUCUUGAGGGCCAGAAGACCGCCCCAGGGAGUUCUGGCAUCCGUGGCGGGAGUAGGCCAGGGUACUUCUCGUCCAGGGACCUCUUAUUUAGGGACCGCCCAGCGCGCGCGAAGAAGAUAUCAUGUACACCUCUUACCGGAGGUUCAAGAACGCCUUUGUCCCUUGGGCCGGCGAAUUGAUGGGCGUGUACGUGGCGGUUCUGCUCAGGACGAAGGAGAACAACGAAUAUACGGACAGGAUGAAUUUCAUGAGUCUGCGGAGGCUCCGAGAGGAGGCCCAAGAUUACAGGGAAAGGGAUAUGGAGGCCCUCGAGCGGGAGCGCCGGUGGCAGGAGCAGCGAGACCUAGAGAAACACAAAGAGGCCUUGGCCGACGCCGUCGAGAACGAGGACCGCGCCGGCAUCGCACAGGCCAUGCAGAUCUUGCAGGAGGAUAUGAAGCUUUCGAGGGAGGAGCUGGUGCGGAUGGAGCGCGAGAUACGCCGGCAGCAGAGCCACGAGAGGGGCGUGUGCCUCUCUUACCUGCUCUCGGGCGAGCUCCAGGCCCUGGCCUUGCGGGCUUCGAGCAAGCCCGACCCUACGUUUUACGACCUGAAGGAGGCGUUUUUUCUUGGCCCGAACCCGAUUGGCAGGGACGCAAUCUGCCCGCGGGAUGGGAUGAUGGGGUGCGCGCUCGUGGACACACUGCCCUGCAAGUACCGUGGCAAGUGCACGCACUUCCUGUCGUGGACGUGGGCAUACAAGCUGAGCACGGUGCGCGACUGCCUGCAGCGGUGGGCCAUGCACAGCGACCAUGGAGACGUUUCGAAGGUGUCCUUCUUCAUGUGUUUUUUCGUCAAUAAUCAAUAUCGCAUAUUCGCUCCGACCACCACCAGCAAGGGGUGCGACGCCAAGGGAAGCGACAACCUGGAGCACACCUUCGAGGCCAAGCUGAGGGGUAUCGGAAGGGUUGUCGCCCUGCUGGACACCUUUGACCGACCCUUGUACCUGACACGGAUUUGGACCAUCUUCGAGCAGUUCACAGCCUCGAAGCUGAACGUAGACGUAGAGAUCGUCAUGCCCGAGGAGUCUGCCAGGUCGCUGAUCCGGGAGUUUGAGCAGGGCAGGAUCGGCAUCCAGAGGGUCCGGGACUCUAUGGCCAACGUGUCUUCCACGAGCGCAAGGGCUACGGAGAAGGCCGACGAGGAGAAGGUUAAGGCUUUGAUAUGUAAGCACGGUGGAUUCGAUAUGGUCGACUCCGCCAUCAGGCGGGUGAUGACGGUUUGGGUUGCCCGGGAGUUGAGAAACCACAUGAACAAGAUCAUGGAGGUCACAGAGGAUGAGCUAAAGACGGGUAACUCUUUUGUCGAAGGGGUGCAUUCGAGGGCAAACACGCGGGAUGCCUUUGGCGCAUAUGUCGAGGGCACCACGUCUCUUGACGCCGUGCUCACGGGUAAAGAGUGAUAAACGCCAGGGUAGUUAAUCUCUUGUAGCGCCAGGGCCAUGCUGCAAGAUCAUUGUUGCGCGAGUUGCAUCCAGAGCUGUUAGCGUUGGAGUGCGGUCGUCUAGUUAGGUGCCGAAUGUCCCCGCUCAUGCUCUGACACUGGGCCGCUCAACAAAAGCAACAACUGUGCAGUUCUCCACACUCAGUGACAGUGUGAGCAUUUGGCCGUGACCAGUGGUCGCGACACGUCAUCAGCUAUCCGCACCCAUCCAAAUUCGCGGACGUUCAAUGGUGGCCA